AUGGAGGACCUAUCGCCGGAGUCCAGGGCUCUCUACGAGCUCCUGAAGGCCGACACCGCGGAGGAGUACGAGCGGCGCUUCAUCCACUACAAGAAGGAAGUCCUCGACGCGUUCCAGCCGUUCGUCGUCGACACGCGCGCCCAGCUCAAGAGCGUCGAUGCGGGUAUGGCAAAUCUCUCCUCAGAUCUCGCGGGCGUCAAGGGGCAACUGGGCCAGGAACUCGAUGCUGUCCGCACCACUCUCAGCUCGGAGAUCGCCCAGCUCGCGGCUUCGAUCGAGGGCCUCGCGCGCCCUGAUGCGCGGGGUGUGGCGCAUGAUCCGUCCGCCUCACAAACUCGGGAGACGGAAGGAGGCACCGCCGGCCCGGAUGGGCGCCGCUGGAUCAACAACGCCCGGGGGACGACAUGUGGUGUUCACAUGUCUCCUCCGGGAGGAGGUACGCAUAAUCACCACACCCUUCCCAGUUCAUCUCCGGAUUCGACCAAAUUCCGUGGAACUGAUAUCGCUAAUGGACCGCGUGUCGAUUUGCCACAAUUUGACGGCUCCAACCCGAAAUUGUGGCAACGUCGAUGUGAGGAUUAUUUCCAGCGAUGGUUGACGCCGGCAUCGGAGUGGGUCUGUUAUGCAUCUGAUCAGUUCGUCGGCGCUGCGGCUACCUGGUUGGAGUCCUACCUCCACCAACAUCGGCAGCCGGUUUGGUCUGAAUUUGUAGCAGCAGUCAUGACCAGGUUCUGUCGCAACCAACACACCAUUCUGGUGAGGAGACUUAUUCACAUCUCUCAGACUACUACCGUUGAGGACUAUGUCUCCCAGUUCUCUGCAUUGAUGGAUCAGAUAGCAGCGUAUGAAUUAAAUCCUGACCCUGUCCACUACACCACCAAGUUUAUUGACGGAUUGCAGCCAGGGGUUCGAAUUCUCGUUGCCAUUCAGCAACCUCGUGACCUUGAUACAACUUAUUCACUUGCCUUGCUUUAUGAAGAACUUGGUGAAGAGUGUGGUCCUCCUUUGUCUCCUGCUCCACAGCAUGUGCCAAUUCGCCGUAAUUAUCAGUCCCCGGUCACAACUACACCGCCGCCCCCUCCACCUCCUGCUCGUUGGGUGUCUCAGAAGGUUGAGGAGAAGAGACAGGCAGAGAAUCAACGUUCUGCAGCUGAUGAUAAAUGGCAGAGCCUCAGGGCGUAUAGGAGGUCGAAGAAUCUCUGUUUUACCUGUGGCGAGAAGUACCACCGAGAGCACAGGUGCAAAAAUGCUGUUCAGUUGCAUGUCGUUCAGGAAAUGGUGGAAUACAUGCAGUCAUUGGACCCGGAGGAGCCAGAUGCCGUUGCACCGGAAGAGCAGGAGCCUGAUCCACACCUGAUGAUGCUGUCUGUAGCUGCUCUCAACACGGCUGUGGUUGGCCCCAAGACAAUGUUGCUGAAAGUUCACAUACAAGACCAGGAGUUCUUAUUCUUAGUGGAUUCAGGAAGCUCUUCUUGCUUCAUUGAUAGCAACAAAGCUCAAGCUCUGACAGGGAGUGUUCCAUUGACAAAUUCAUUCCAAGUGAAGGUGGCAGGUGGUGCGUUACUUCCCUGUUCUCAAUAUUUUCCUAACCUCACUUGGGCAGCUGGUGGGAUGGAAUUCAGCGAUGAUUUCAAGGUCUUGGAUCUUGGCAGCUAUGAUGGAAUUAUCGGCCUGGAUUGGUUGGGAAAGUAUAGCCCUAUGGUAACUCACUGGGAUCAGGGCUGGAUUGCAGUACCUAAGGAAGGACAAUUAGUGGUUUUGCAAGGAGAGGGAGCACAGUUUUGCAUACACGCCUUGGUGGAAUUAAAUUUGAUUCAUGAAGCGGCUGAAGAUGACCCUCCUCCACAUCCACCUGAAGUACAAGCCUUGUUGGAACAAUUUAGUUCUGUGUUUGCUGCUCCAAAAGGUCUGCCACCGCGUCGGCACUAUGAUCACCAUAUUCCCCUAGUUCCAGGCGCUAGGCCAAUUUCUAUGCGACCUUAUCGUGUUGUUCCUGAUUUGAAAUCAGAGUUUGAGAGGCAAAUUCAGGAGUUACUUGAACAGGGUGUGAUUCAACCAAGCAAAAGCCCCUUUGGUUCACCAGUGAUAUUAGUCAAAAAAGGUGAUAACACUUGGCGUCUCGUAGUGGAUUACAGGCAUCUCAAUGCUCUAACAGUAAAGGGCAAGUACCCAUUGCCAGUUAUUGAUGAGUUGCUUGACGAGCUCGCGGGCUCCCGAUGGUUCUCGAAGCUUGACCUUAAGGCAGGUUACCACCAGAUCCGUCUUGCUCCAGGGGAGGAACCCAAAACGGCAUUCCAGACACACAAUGGCCACUAUGAAUUUCGCGUUAUGGCCUUUGGUUUGACAGGAGCUCCAGCUACCUUCCAGCACGCCAUGAAUGUAACUUUGGCAUCGGUUCUUCGUAAAUUUGCUCUCGUAUUCUUUGAUGAUAUCUUGAUCUAUAGCCGCACCUAUUCUGAUCACAUGGAGCACUUGCAGUCAGUCUUGGAAAUUCUGCAGAAAGAUCAGUGGCAGGUCAAACUUUCUAAAUGUGCCUUUGCACAAGAGAGGAUAGCUUAUUUGGGUCAUGUUAUCUCUGCUGAUGGGGUUGCCACGGAUGCUACCAAAAUCCAGUCAGUAGAAUCUUGGCCGACUCCAACUAACCAGAAGGAAUUGAGGGGGUUCUUGGGUCUCACUGGUUAUUAUAGGAAAUUCAUUAAACAUCAUGCUAUUAUUAGCCAGCCUCUUACAAAUUUGCUCAAGAAAGGAGUUCUGUUUGUUUGGACAGUGGAUACUGAGAUAGCCUUCUUGACCUUGAAGCAUGCCUUAGUAACAGCUCCUGUUCUGGCCUUGCCCAGGUUUGAUGACCAAUUUGUUAUUGAUACUGAUGCAUGUGAUGUAGGCAUUGGAGCAGUCUUGUCACAGAAUGGGCACCCUCUUGCUUAUGUUAGUCGUUCCUUGGGUCCGAGGAACAGGGGCUUGUCAGUAUAUGAGAAGGAGUACUUGGCAAUUUUGUUGGCUGUUCAACAAUGGAGACCAUACUUGCAAAUUGCUCGCAGAUCAUGGCAGUAA